AUGAGAGCCACACAGAGUAGGCAAAAGUCCUAUGCUGAUAAAAGAAGGCGGCCAUUGGAGUUUGAUGAAGGUGAUCAUGUGUUUCUACGGGUUACCCCAACCACGGGAGUUGGAAGGGUUCUAAAAUCGAGGAAGUUGACACCGCGGUUUAUAGGACCCUAUCAGAUUACGCGGAGAAUUGGGCCGGCAGCCUACGAAAUUGCCUUGCCACCUCAUCUAGCGAACUUGCACAACGUAUUCCAUGUUUCUCAGUUGAGGAAAUACGUUGCUAGUCCAGACCAUGUAUUAGAGGCUGAUGAUGUACAAGUGCGGGAAGAUUUGACCAUACCAGCUGGACCGGUUCGCAUCCUGGACUCUCAAGUCAAACAUCUGAGGGGUAAGAAGAUAAAUACGGUGAAGGUGCUUUGGGAUGAGGCGACUCAGGAGAUGACCUGGGAGAUGGAGGAUCGCAUGAAGUUAUCCUAUCCACAUCUGUUUCCUGUGGGGGCUGAAGUGAGAGAAGGCAAGGGAGAUCAAUUGGAGUUCAAGGAAAGAAGUAGAAGAAUAUCGGGGAAAGCUUUAAUCCAGGUUAGGGGAGUUGUUUUGCUUGUAUAUGUAUAUGAAUAUGUUGAUCGUGUUUUUCUGGACGAUAUGAAAUGUGUAAAUUGA